AUGGUUGGAGGGGGUAACCUUGCGCGCCCCGUGACCCGCCUGAUGCCCGCCGCGCCCGCGUGCCCCGCGCACCGCGCAACACGCGGCCUGGCCUCCGCCGCACGGCCCCGCUCUUUUCCCCCCAAUCCCACCUUGCAGCGUCAGAGCUGCGACGAGGGCCGCGUGCAGCGAUUUCUGGCGAAGCUCGAGGCCGUCCUGGAGUCUGAGGAGCUCUCCCCCGGGCUUCUCAACACCAUCAAGCGCGCCGCUGGCUCUGCCCUCCAGGACCUGCCCCCGCCCGACGACACGACCAGCGACAGCGGCGGCGGCAGCGGCACCAACAGCGGCGCCGCUGGCGGCUCGCAGACGGCGGCCGGGCAGACAGCGGCAGGCGCUCAAACCUUUGAGGCGCUUGACCUGCAGCUGCUCUUCGCGCACGACUGCCAGGCCAAGGGCUGUGCCGACGCCGCCUGCCCGCUGUGCGAGCGCAGCCCCGACCGCCCGUGCGGCCGGCAGCUGGGCCGCAGUUAUCUGGUCGGCGACCGCCUGGCCGCGCGCUGUGGCGGCUCGCUUCGGUUGGAGCUGGUGCGCCGCCGCACCGGCGAGCUGUACACCGGUGUGCUGCCCGACGGGCUGUACCUCGAGCUCAGGGUGGUGGAGGGAGCGCUGUACGAGGCGCGCUUCGCUGACCAGGCCGCCGGGCUCGCGCGCGCCAGCGAGGCGGACAUAGAAGCCAUCAGCCUCCCCCCAGCGACAGCGAACGGAGGCGCCCUGCUCGCCCUCAUGGGCGGCCGGCAGCCGGCCGACUUGAGCUGCGGGGGUCGCAGCGGCUGGGGCGGCGUGACGACGCUGGACAUGCAGAUCCUGGACGGCUGCGCAACGCUGCCAGAGCUCCGGAUCAACGCCAGUGGCGAGCAGCUUCUGAAGGGAAAGGGCAAGAAGCCUCAGUUCAGGAUCCUCGUCCGCGCCCGCCUUCGCGGCGCCGCCGACGCCUCCGGCACCGCCGCCGAUGUGUCAGCUGCCGCCAGUGCGUCCCUGAUCAACCUGCGGCCGGCGAUCAGCGAGGGCUUCGCCGUGGCCACGGCGCGCAUGAAGGGCGAUGUGAAGGUGGAGCUGCCGCUGACGACUGACGAGGCCAGGGGGAUUGUCAACCUCGGCAAGGCCGCGUGCGCCAAGCUCAAGGACCUGCGGGCCGCGGCAGCAGAGAAACGCAUGGAGCUGCAACUUCCUGCCGGCUUCGCGACUGCGAUCACGCACGUGGGGCAGCUGAAGAGCUUGCUUGCACUCGCGUCUGCCAACAGCGCCCUGAGAGCCCAGCUUCAGAAGCUGUUGGUUCUGGGCGAGGACGCCUGGGAGGAGGUGGUGGAGCAUGUGGGCCAAGCCGUGGAGCCGGACAGCCGCAUGAGGGCCUGGUUUGAGGAUGCAGGGUCAAUGGAGCGCGGGCUGCUGUUCCUCUGCGCCCAGGCCAAGGUCGACCUGGACCGCCCGGCAGGCGAGCGGGAUGGUGUUCAUUUCUUGGAAGGAUCACGAUUUGGUGUGGCUCGGCACCCGUGA